AUGACUAAGCUUUGUUUUUUCCUUGCAGUCGAAGACAAACUGAAAUGCUAUCUCAAGAAGAAGUACGGCUGUAUAUAUGAGGGGACGUCAAAGGAAGGGGAUUUUAUCUAUCUAAAUCAGAUCUUCACUGAGCUCCAUGUGUUUGAGGGGGCCUGGGGAGGGGUCAGAGAUGAGCAUGAGGUCAUACAUCCGAACAUCAGAACACCAGUCACAGGAGAGACCACUGUUGAAGUCAGAAACAUUUUCAAACAACAGUCCGAUCAAAAGAAGCCAAUCAGAACAGUUCUAACUCAGGGCAUUGCCGGUGUAGGAAAGACUGUCUCUAUUCAGAAGUUUAUUCUAGACUGGGCAGAAGAAAAGGAGAACCAGGACAUUGGUUUCAUCUUUCCACUUUCUUUUCGCCAAAUCAACUCUAAUAUAGGGGACGACGACUGCAGUCUGAUUGAACUGCUUCAUCAAUUCUUCCCUGACAUGGAACCAAUCAAGAAUCUAAGAAACAAGUCUAAAGUUCUGUUCAUAUUUGACGGUCUGGACGAGUGUCGACUCCGUCUAGACUUCAACAAUAAGGUCCUGACAGAUGAAACAAAGCCAGCCUCUCUGGACAAAUUGAUCACAAAUCUGAUCACAGGUGAGCUUCUGCCUUCUGCUCUCAUCUGGAUAACCUCCCGGCCUGCAGCAGCCUAUAAGAUCCCUCGAAAAUACAUCCAGCAGUGGACAGAGGUACGAGGGUUCAAUGACCCACAGAAGGACGAGUACUUCAGGAAAAAAAUCAGGGAUGACAACAUGGCCAGCAGAAUUAUCACACACAUGAAGUCAUCGAGGAGCCUACACAUCAUUUGCCACAUACCAGUGUUCUGUUGGAUAUCAGCCACUGUUCUAGAGAAACUGUUGGGUGAAGCAGAGAGAAGAAAGAUACCUAAGACUCUGACUGAGAUGAACAUACAUUUCCUGAUCUUUCAGAUAGACAGAAUGAGAGAAGCAGAAAAUUCCACAGGAAGUGACAGCAUAGUCCUUAAACUUGGAGAGCUGGCAUUCCGUCAGCUGGAGAAGGGACAUCUGAUAUUCUACAAGGAAGACCUGAGAGAGUGUGGCAUUGAUGUCACAGAAGCAUCAGUGUACUCAGGUUUAUGCACGGAGAUCUUUAAGAUGGAGGGAAGGACGUGUCAGAAAACUAUGUUCAGCUUUGUGCAUCUGAGCAUCCAGGAGUUUCUUGCUGCUGUAUACGUGUUUUUCACAUUCAUAAACUGCAAUGAGAACCCACUGGUCAAACAGAACACCCUCGUCAAACUUUUGAAAUGGCGGAAACACCAACAACCUAUGAUUGACUUAUACAAGAGUGCAGUAGAUCAGGCCUUACAGAGUGAGAAUGGACACCUGGACCUUUUCCUCCGUUUCCUUCUCGGCCUCUCACUGGAGUCCAAUCAGACUCUCCUACAAGGCCUACUGAACCAGACAGGAAGAAGCUCACAAACCAAUGAGAACAUAAUUGAAUACAUCAAGAAGAAGAUCAGGAAGAAUCCCUCUCCAGAGAGAUGCAUCAAUCUGUUUCACUGUCUGAAUGAGUUGAAUGAUCAUUCUCUGGUGGAGGAGAUCCAAACCUACCUGAGCUCAGGAAGUCUUUCAGAGGCCGAACUUUCACCUGCACAGUGGUCAGCUCUGGUGUUCGUGUUGCUGACUUCAGAAGAGGACCUGGAUGUGUUUGACCUGAAGAAAUACUCCAGAUCAGAGGAGGGUCUUCUGAGGUUGUUGCCAGUGGUCAAAGCGUCCAGAAUAGCUCUGCUGAAUGGAUGUAACCUCACAGAGAAAUGCUGUGAAGCAUUGGCCUCAGUUCUCAGCUCAAACACUUGUCACAUGAGAGAGCUGGACCUGAGUAAAAACAAGCUGCAGGAUUCAGGAGUGAUGCUACUCUCCGCUGCACUGGAGAGUUCACAUUGUAAACUUGAGACCCUGAGGUUGUCAUUCUGUGGAGUCACGAAGGAAGGCUGUGCAUCUCUGGCUUCAGCUCUGAGGUCAAACCCUUUUCAUCUGAGAGGGCUGGACCUGAGCUACAAUCACCCAGGAGACUCAGGAGUGAGCCUGUUCUCCUCUGGACUGGAGGAUACCAUGUACAAACUACAAACUGUCAUUGUUCACCCUGGGGGAGAGGGCUGGUUGUUUAGAAGACUGUAUGGCUGUGAUCUCACACUGAAUCCGAACACAGCACACAGAUACCUCUCUCUGUCUGAGGAGAACAGGAAGGUGACACAGGUGAAAGAGAAGCAGCCGUAUCCUGACCAACCAGGGAGAUAUGACAAAUGGCCCCAGGUGCUGUGUAGAGAGGGUCUGACUGGACGCUGUUACUGGGAGGUAGAGUGGAGUGGGGAUUGGGCUCUCAUAGCGGUGACAUAUAGAAGAUUAUACAAGACGGGAAGGAGACGGCUAGGAGCCAAUGACACGUCCUGGAGUCUGGACUGCUGCGGAAACAGUUACACUGCCUGGCACAAUAAUGAAAACACCGACAUAUCUGUUUCCUCCUCCCACUCCAACAGAGUAGGAGUCUAUCUGGACUGGCAGGCUGGCAUUCUGUCCUUCUACAAUGUCUCCUCUGACACACUGACCCACCUGCACUCAUUCAAUACCACAUUCACUGAGCCCCUCUACCCAGGGGUUGGGGUUAAGUUUGACUCUUCAGUGACCCUGUGUGAUGUAGAUACCAAAGACUUCAAAGCAACUCAACCAUAACAAUGUCAUGUUUUCCUACUGUAACCAAUCCUACAGGCAAUUAGAUGAGUAGUGUUGUGUUUGAAUUCAUUUGUGCUGUUGCGCCUGCCGUAUAAAAUACAUCCUAUUCAAGGUUUUUGCAACUGCACUUGAAGAAACUUUCAAAGUUCUUGAAAUGUUCCGGAUUGACUGACCUUCAUGUCUUAAAGUAAUGAUGGACUGUCGUUUCUCUUUGCCUAUUUGAGCUGUUCUUGCCAUAAUAUGAACUUGGUCUUUUACCAAAUAGAGCUAUCUAGAGCUAUACCAAACCCUACCUAGUCACAACACAACUGAUUGGCUCAAACGCAUUAAAAAGGAAAUAAAUUCCCAAAAUGUACUUUUAACAAGGCACACCUGUUAAU